ACCAUUUGACCAAUUUUAGUAAUAGUAAAGAGCUGUAACAUUGUUAACUAGGAAGUACUUGUAUGAAGACAUUGGGAUUUUAUUAUCGUCUCAUUUGAGGAUAUUGGGACUUAAUUGUCACGUUUUAAACAUUGUGAUUUUAUUGUCUCCUUUGCUGACUUCGGAACUUAAUUACUGUCUCGUUUGAGGACAUUGGGACUUUAUUGUUGUCUUGUUUGAAGUCAUUUGGACCUAAUUAUUGUCUCAUUUGAGGACAUUUGGACUUAAUUGUUGUUGUAAAACAUUGGGAUUUUAUUGUCUCAAUUGCGGACUUUGGGACUUUAUUAUUGUCUUGAUUGAGGACAUUAGGACUUAUUGUCAUUGACAGUCAUUCGUUUUUUACACUUAGCCUAUCAUGUCCGGCUGAUCCCAAAAAGCUAGGAGAAAUUAAAAAUGCAUACCAAACAAAAGUUUUGGUCUCAGGUGGAUAUGUUGAAAUAUGAGGGCCAUGCCUAUGUGAUCCCUGCAGAAUCUACACCCAUGGUGUCAUAUAACCUACUGUAGACACGGUCAGCCAGACACACACACACACACACACUGCCCCACUUCGAUGUGAGCGAUCAGCACAUUUCUUAUCGUCUGAAGGCAGCUAACGACCUGCUGUGAUCGGCUGUCAAUGAUUUAUCAAGGCGGAGAGCUUUUUUUUUAUUAUUAGAACAGAGGAGUUUAAGCGGUCAGGAAUGGGAAACUGAGCCAUUAAAGACUCUUAACUCCCGAAACAUGAAGGCUUUAAACAAGGAAGAGCUGCAGAUCGCUGAAGGAGUUCUGCAGAAACACUUACCAAAGAGCAUAAAGGUAUAUGGUUUCCUAUAUGGGAUCAACAGGAACAAACCGAGCACCCUGGAGGUACUUGUUGAUACGUGGCCUGAUUUUAAGGUUGUAAUUUGCCGGCCUGACCGCAAGAACAAGCGCUCCCUGGAGUUCAUGCAGAAGGUGUCAUACUACAGCACGGAUGAACAGAGUUUAAGGAGAAUGCUGUCAGAGGAGGAUGCAAUUGACUGGAGCUCUUAUUUUAUUAUCGGAGGAUUUGACAGCGCCCAUACCCCCUUGAUCAAACAAGUGUCUGCUGACAGAGGAGUUAACAACCGCAGCUAUACUAUGGUGCAUCUUCUGUAUUUGCCAGACAGCAGCAGUCUGCUCACACCAGCAGUUGACAGUGAGCUUGAAUCAAGGAUUUCAUCUCUUAACCUUUCCCAUGUUGACUUGGUGAAUAAAACCUGGAAGUUUGGUGGGGACGAGAAGGGUCACAAAUUAGUUAUGAAACUCAUCAACAACUUCCCGUCAUGCUGCAUCACUGACGGCCAGGGUCAGCCUCUCUCCUGGAUUCUGGUGUAUGAUUACUGCGCUAUGGGCUUAUUGUACACUCUGCCAGAGCACAGAGGGAAAGGCUACGCCAAACUCCUGAUCAGCACCAUGGCCAAGAGACUCUUCGCUGAGGGCUACCCAGUGUACUGCUUUAUAGAAGAGGAGAACAAGGCCUCCUAUAAGCUCUUCAAAAACCUGGGCUUCACUGAGGACCCCUCGUACAGGGCAGUGUGGCUGGAGUUCAACUUUUGAUUUUGCAACCAUUGUGAUUUAAUGUAUAGCUGACCCAUAAACAUGUAAUGUUAUAAUGAUAGUACUAUAGGUGAAAGAGACAUUAACUGAUGCAAAAUCAUACACAUAAUGUCACCUUUUUCAUAGUAGGUGCAGGUGAGAUGACCAGUGUGUUAAUUAAAUGUAUUUGAAAUACCUGAAAUACUUUUGAGCAUUUUGUAAUUUGUAUUUUGCUGGACAGAAAAAAAAUCGUAACACAAUACUAAGAGUUUGUAUUUGAAAUGCUGAAAAUUAGUUAUUUAAUAUGUCAUUUUAUAUAAGUAAAAAAGACGGUUUUAUCCCCACAUUUAAACUGUAAAAAACAGUUAGUCGAAUCAGUCUUUGGCUAAAUGUGAGUGAAUCACGUGACAUGUAAUGGCAGGUCCAGCAACUUUCUCAUUGUGAAGUAUCGUAUUUCCUUUGUGUUCCUCUGGACUGCAGUGUAAAGGGGCUACACAAAGGAGAGCAGUUUUUGUUUCAGGUUGUUGUUGGUAUCAGGGUAAAGGGAGGAACUGAUUCUCUUUCUCUUCUACUGUUUUGUACUGUGUCAUACUCUGCUGUAAUGGCACUGUUCUGUGUCAUUGCACUCAUUCACUUGGUUGCUUGUCAGUCUUACUGUCAUCUGAAAGAACCAGUGCAUCACCCUUGCUGCAUUUCUAUUGGCCACCCAAUCAGUCAGUGGUCACUUUGACUGACAGAAAUGCCCAGCAUGCACCCCUGAACUCACAGCCUCCCAGCUCCGACAUAUCUGACUGGCCACUUUAUUAUAAUUUAGCAGAGCUCAUCUUUUCCAUGUCAGACCCAUAUCGAAGCUACUAAAUUCCCUAAAUGUGACAACAGCAGUUUGGAUAGAAUAUAUUUCUACAUUUACAAGUACUUGUAUUUAAUUAAAUACAUUUUCUCAUCCCAGCAUAUUGUAUUUUAUUUUGAUACAUUUGACGAGCAAGAAUUUGUAACCUGCAACAAGACACCAUUUGGUGUAUGUAUGCCCGUCCUUGGUGUUUACAGGAGAGAUCCAAGUUAAAUUGAGCUGUGCUGAUUUAUGCUUUACUUUCUGUCUGCAGUUAUUCAAUGAUGCACACACAGUAUAUCCUCUAUACACUACACCAUUGAGGCUACCUCAUUUUAUAAACACCAAUGCAGUUAUCAGUCAUCACGGUCCCUUAAAAUAAAGAUAUUUCAUGCA